AUGUGCUUUCAAGCCAAUCUACAUGAGCUGGAAAGGAAGCCCAGAGGGAAGCUCCAGAAGCAGAUCUGCCGGGUGGUUCUGGAUCACUUCGAGCAGCAGUACACGGCAGAGCUGGGGGAUGCGUGGAGCAAUGUCAGAGACGUGCUGACCUCGCCGUGGUGCUGGCAGCAUGCUGUGCUGCUGAACAGUUUCAGCCAGAGCCCCGGCCUGGAGAGCAGCCUGGCUGAGCAGGGAUACCAUCCUGCCUUCCCAGCAGCCCUGCCCUACCUCCCAGCAGCCUUCAGAUGUUACACCAGGACAGCUCCUGGCAGAUUCCCUGCACAGAAACACCAGCCUGGCAGGCUGAAGGAGUAUUACCUGCUCAAUGCUGCCUCGCUGCUGCCCGUGCUGGCCUUGGAGGUGAAGGAUGGGGAAGGUGUUCUGGAUCUCUGUGCUGCACCAGGGGGCAAAUCUGUAGCUAUCCUGCAGUGUGCCUGUCCAGGUUAUUUUCACUGUAAUGAAUAUGAUGAUUUGAGGUCAAGAUGGUUGGAGCAGACAAUAGAAUCCUUCAUCCCAGAUCCUUUCAUUAACUUGAUAACAGUCUCUAAACUGGAUGGUAGACAGAUUGGAGAUCUUCAGCCUGAAUUUUAUGACAAGGUCCUGGUUGAUGCUCCUUGUUCAAAUGACAGAAGCUGGCUCUUCUCUGCUGACCCUCAGCAAGCUGUGCUCAGGCUCAUGCAAAGGAAGGAGUUGUCCUCCCUGCAAUUCCAGCUUCUGAGGUCUGCUGUUCAAGCCCUGCGUCCUGGUGGCUCCUUGGUCUAUUCCACGUGCACCCUCUCCAGGGCAGAAAACACUGAUGUGAUCAAUCUCAUCCUGAACUCCUGCAGGAAUGUGAUGCCUGUGGAUCUAAGUGGGAUGGCCAGAGGUGUUUCCCAACAAUUCACUUUCCUAAGUGGAAUGCAGCAGCAUGAACUGCUGGUUCUCCCAGAGAAAGGGAGAGCUUGGGGUCCCAUGUAUGUGGCUAAAUUGAAGAAAGUGUCCUCCACCUGAUGCCUGUUGAUUAUGAACAGUAUAUGAUAAAUUAAUAUUGAUUUAAAUACAGUAUGUGUGUGUGAACACAUCCAAGGCAACUGAUUUUAGAGUGUUGCAGUUUCCUGAUCAAAAGGAAGCAAGACAUUUAACUUAUGUUAACUUAAAAUACUGAAUGUGCCUUCCAGCGUGGGCUUGUGAGCCUCUGAGUCCUUAGGAAGUUGGUAUUGUUUUCAAGGUGGUGCUUUUAAAGGGAUUUGGAUUCUAGAAUAGAGGCUUAAUGUGAUAGAGUUUUGCACUUGAUAAAUAACCAGGUUAUUUGCUAACUUGGUUUUAAUACAGUAUGUUUUUAAAUAAAUGGUUUUCAGUGGUCUGAAGUCAUGGAAAUCCUGCAUUCUCUCUGAACACAUCUGGAAAUCUGUGUUUCUGCAAGAACUGAUUUGUAUGGACAGUGUCAUCUUCAAGCACUGGCAGAACAGGUUUUGUAUUUGCUAAGUUGUUUGCUUAAAAAACAAAGGUGUCUUUUCUUUACAGGUCAGCAGUUAGAUCAACACCAGCUUUUUUUUUUUUUUAAUUUGUUAAUAUUCUUCUAUUUUGAGCUUGCAAAAAUACGAAUUGAAAGAGUAAUGGCACAUAUAUUCCAGCCUGUGCUUGUCUUGAAGCAGAGUGGAACCCUUUCAUCCCCAAGGGUCCUUUCCCAGAUGGAAGGUGAUAAUCACUGGUUGUAAAAACAUUGUUUUAAAGAACAGAGGUAGAAGAGUUGCUGAUGUGGAAAUGGGGGUUUUAAAAACAUUGCUUUAAAGAACAUUGUUUUAAAGAACAGAGGUAGGAGAGUUGCUCAUGUGGAAAUGGGGGUGUGUGACAUUGUGCAUUUAUUA